AUGGCUUCUGCUUCCCCUCCGAUUGAUGCGACCUUGUCUCAGCCGACGCCAGAGGAGCAAAUUGACCCUCAGGCCGGCGACAGUGCGAAGAGAAAGGCGGAACAGCCUAACGGAACCCAGACACGCUCGAAACGGAAUCGCUACAUCUCCAUUGCCUGUAACGAGUGUAAGCGUCGAAAGAUCAAGUGCAAUGGCCAGGUGCCAUGCCAACGAUGUGGACAUCUUAAACUUGAAUGUCGCUAUGCUCCUAACUGUUGCAAUAACAACUUCAAGGACUCCGAAGAGUUCCGGUCUAUGAAAGAUCAGAUUGCCGCUUUGCAGGACCAAGUCGGCAGUCUAUUUACCAGUCUCAAUGAACUCCGCACGCACAAACCUGCCUUUGAAACUCCCACCUUUGACGGCUUCUCCCGCGAUGGGUCACAGGUCUUUACGCCUAUGCAACCGCCACCCGGGAAGCCUCGCAUAAGACACCCCCGCUUCCAUGGCCCUACUAGUUCGGCGUUUGGCUUCGACGUUGCCCGAUCGAGUCUUCAGCAUAUGGGCAUUGCGCCCACUGAAGAAGGCAUACCGGAUGAUCUCACCACGGCCCAUGCUACGCCGGCAGCUUCCCCUCCUCACACGUCCGCAGUCACCCAGCCUAUGCAUUCCACUAAAGACCCAAUAUGGGCUAUCAAGAGAGACGAGGCUCUACGAUUAUGUCGUGUAUAUGAAGAGGAGAUAGGGAUUAUGUAUCCGCUUGUUGAGAUCGACCAGGUUACAAGUCAAGUUACACUACUUUAUACCUUUAUGGAGGCCGCAAUGCGGACGGGGCUCAUGCAUGUGGGGCUACCCGGUGCGGAUAACCUCAAGGAUGAUAGCACGAUUCUUAUCAAGUUGAUCAUUGCUACCACUCUUAUUGUUGAAGGUGGUGGACAAAGCGAGCUGGGGCGCCGCCUAUAUCUCAGUGUGAAGCCCGCCAUCGAGUCUAAGAUUUGGGACACGCUAGACGUCAAAACCAUCCAGCUGCUUGGCUUAAUGGUCAGUUAUCCUUGCCCUUUGGUAUAA